UCCAGAAAUGGAUAUGGCGCUCUUUGCCCACCUCUGGAAUACAUAAAUAUUAAAUUAUAAUAAUAGUUACCCUGCUCUGGCCACUGAGAGAGCACAGACUACAGAGUACGAGGGACCAAAGAGGUGGGGACUGAGAUGAACAGGAAGUGAGACUCACGCUAAAGGGAGCUGGAGUCUCUAACAGACACACACACCCAUCAGGCACAUAUGGCUCUCACUCUGAUACUCUUCCUCUCCUUCCUCUUCCUCACUGUGCUGCCAGAUGCUGACGGCAUGUACACAGUGAGUGAAGUAGUUGUACAGAGUGGAAGAUCUGUCACCAUCCCAUGUCUCUAUGAUAGAGAAUAUGAAAAUCAUGUGAAAUACUGGUGUCAGGGGUACUUAUUGGGAAAUUGCCAUAAUAUAGUACACACUGACUCUCCAGAAGUUAAAUGUGAAAUCACUGAUGACCCCAUCCAUCAUGUGUUCACUGUUACCAUGACAAAACUGAAGAUUACGGACUCUGGAUAUUACUGGUGUGCUGUCGACAUCCAGGGCGCUGGAGAUAAGGGAACACGUCUGUACUUGAUGGUCACUGCGGGGCCUCCUGGACUCUGGGUUGAGCAGCAGGAGGUGGCCGGUGUGGAAGGGGGCCAUGUCAGUGUGCCGUGUCACUAUAAUGAACCGAGCAGCAUGAAGAAGUGGUGCAGGAUAGAGGGCUCCUGUGUGGAAGUGAAUUCUGGUGAAUCUGGAAGAUCAGAGAUGAAAGAUGACCGCUCUAAAAAGGUCUUCACUGUGACGGCGAGGGAGCUGAACAUGGAGGACGCAGGCUGGUAUUGGUGUGCUGCUGGAGAACUACAGAUCCCUGUUCACCUCACUGUCACUCGGAAAACUACAACGACCACAGUCACCACACAUACCAUCAAGUCUCCCUCUCAAUCCCAUAAGAACAACACACUGAUCACCACAACAGAAGGGGCCUUUAAUAAGACCAGUCCCCCGGAACAAGGAAGCCAGCUGUGUUCUGGUGCACAGACAUGCCUGGAAAGGACUCUGUGGGUGCUACGUCACGCCGGGCUUGUUUUGGUGUUCCUAAUAUGCACCGCCGUCGCCUUUUGGAAGAUCUGGCAAAACCGCAGAGUGAUGCAAUCAAGAGAGAAUAGAAGACACAGGACGUUACGCAACCAAAAUAAUGCCGGUGAGCCCUGCAAUGUACAGUGUGGGAGACUGGGGAUGGUUGUCACCCUGGAUUAGUUGUAACACCAUCAAUUUGGCCACAUAUUCCUCUUUGAGCUUACUGGGUGAACUAUAGGGUGUUUUAAGAAAAAAGAAAUUUGAGGGAUAAAAGACAACCAAAUUCUUAUCGUCUAUUUCAUGUUUAGCAGCCACAAUAUUGUAGAUAAAAUGGCUUAACUUCCAUGGCAGCAAUAAGCAGUUUCUCCAGUCAAAUGUGAUGUCUCAAUUCAAACCCACAUGCCAAAAUAGUCGUAAUGACUGCCUGGGUUUGGGAUGGUUGUGACACUUAAUUCCCCUAUCAAAACGUAUUGUCUUUUGCAAUUAUUAUUAUUAUUAUUAUUAUUCAGCAUGCCAAAGUAAGGGCAGAUAAAUGCUCUGGAAGUGUACCAGGAGACAUACUAAAACACUCACUCACUAAAUCUUCCUAAACUAUGUGAUGAAAUUGUGUUUUCCCCUUUUUAUUGAUGUAGUGUCACUCUGAUGUUGUCACACGGGCAUCAGAAUCGUCCCAGCCCUAACGUCUUUUCCCAACGAUCAUUUUCAAGGACAGAAAAAAGUAAUUCUCUGGAUGUGAAAUGGUCUUGGUUUUGGAGGUAGUUAGCUAAAGAGUAUUAUGUUACUAGUCUAUGACAUUGUAUAUUUCUACGAUAAGUUCAACUGUUGCUCUGAUAUUAUACGAUUUUUUGUGGCGGUAAAAGAAAAAAAUAUUUAACCAAAAAAUACGUUUAAAUGUCGAUUUUGCACGUGGUUAGCUGGUUUGUAGGGACAUAGCUGGAUACUGUUAUGAGCUGAGAGCCAACGGUGGAAAAUAAGCUUUUGACCAUGGCGAUUCUCUUGGUGCAAUCGCUGCAUUUCGAAUGUUUGUAAGGUGGGGACGCCUGCAUCUACAACCUGCACAGAAUGGCUCCAAACACACAGGGAAAUGUAUUGUGAACAAAGGGUACUCACCAUAGAACAUUAUCCUGUUCUGUUUGCUUAUUUGCAGCUGUGACAAUUUUAGCCUGGGUAAAAAUAUCACUGAUUUUAAAGCAACACAGAAAUAUAAUUUAUACAAUACUGUUCUAUAUUAUCUUCAUCUUAAUUCCAAACAAUAUGGUUAGUUUUACGUUUUGCUGCCACUGUAUAAAAGCUUCCAAAUGUGCGUCAGAAGCCCGCCUGUCAGAAGCGCCAAUCUGAUUGGCCAUCCCAUUGGCACGUCAUUGGCUGUUUUACCAGUCAAUCUGUUUUUAUAAAGGUAGUUAUAACUAAAUUGCUAAUUUAUCUAGUUAUUUAGGUGGCGUAACGUUAAUGUUAAAUUAGCUAGCUAGCUAGCUAGCUAGUCAGAUAAUAACUGUCCCUAAUUUACUUUAGCUCGAAUGCCACCGCGUAUUAUCGACCUGCUACGCGCGAUAAACAGCAAAACAUUAAGGUAUUUACAACUGCCUUUCCACAAAAGAAAACUGUGACAUGCCUACAAACAAAACUGCCAUUAGGAAAGUUAGCUAGGUUGCAAACCAAGAAGCCUUAUUGUUGUGCUGUAUUAAUUAAUCGUCGCGAUUAAGGAAUUCAAGGAUUCCAGUGUUCUAUGUGUCAUGUUGAUAUUGUUAAUGGGGUCUUAAAGGAUGUAUUUAUAUUGCGAAAUGUACAUUACAUUUGUUUGUGAACAUUAAAAUUAUG